AUGGAAAGUAGCAAAAGCGACAAAAAGAAGUCGAAAGCGUAUUGGCGUCACAUGAAGUGCCGUGUCGACGAAAUCUGCAAGACACUCGAAUUGGCGGAAUACACGCAAGCUCCGGACUGCGGCCAAGGCUCUUUAUUUGCAGAUGCGCUGGAACAACUGCUCGGGCGAUCUCUCUCCCCAGACGACUUAGGAUGCAUGGCAGACAGGGUUCUCAUCAAUUUCGCUACGAUUCAGUCGACCAAGGAAAAAGACAAAGCGCGAAUGAAGGCAAACGAACAGCCGGUCGAAUAUGGGUACAUUUCAGAUGGGCCCGACAGUGACACUCCUGAAGAGAGUCAGAAAUCGACGCAAGAGCAAGUUCAAGAACUGAACCAGCUGAACAAACCAAAAGCGAAAAAGAAGAAUGAAGAAGUAGUCAAUCUGCUUGAAGACAGCGACUCGGAGGACGUUAUUCUUGUCAACGAAAAUAGCAUCGAAGAAAGAAGGCCUAAAAAUGAGCCGAUUUUGGUGGAGGAAGAAGUUCAGGAAGUUUCUGGGAAUUCAGCUCGUCCGAAAGAUGACGCGAUGGCUUGUCCACUCUGCGACGAACUAUUCGAGCUGGGAGUUCUCCAAGUGCACGCGGCAGAGUGCAAUGGCAAAAAGACCAAGAGAGAAGAAGCCGCGAGUUCGUCGAAAAAACGCCCGAAUUUAUCCCAGGAAUACUUCCAAAACUCAGCUUCGCCGAUGAAGAAGAAGCGGAUCAAUUCCCCUCCGAGAUCAGGUCUGAUUAAUCAGAACGCAUUGAGCAGGACGAUUGAUGAAAGCGCCGAGUGUCCUCUGUGUUCCAAAGUUUUCUACAAAAACUACAUUGAGGAGCACACCGCCGACUGCCUAGACAUGCAGAACAACUUGCUCUCGCCUUCCGAAAAAAGCACCGUCGAGCAGAGGACUUGCGAAACCGAUGUCAACGACCGUUUCACGAGCAAUGGACCCUUUCGCCACGAUGAGGCAGAAAUCGAGCGCUGCCGGCUUGAGCGUUUCGAGAAAGAUCUAAACAAGUCGCCCCAGCCUGUGCGGCGCCAAUAUCCCUGUUUCGACAAGCCAGAUGAGCCGACGGAAAAGUGCUACAUCUGCACCUUCGAGUUUCGGAAAAGCCAGUUUCAAGAUCACGUGACUCGCUGUGCGGAUAGACACUACAACUGA